AUGACGCAUAACUUGACGCAUCUAGCACAAGAAUGCGAGAAGCUUCUCACCACCAAUGAAGUCAUCGAGGUUCGACGUCGAAAUGCGAGACUCGACAAGUCAACUUCGACGGUCCUCAUUAUGACCCCAAUAUUCGCUCUAGUAUCAUUUGUAUUUUCGUUGGUGUUGCUGGCAGCUGUCAUUUUUGCAUUAUUGAAACGCAGAAUCCCAUCAAGGAAAUACAGCAUAAUUGUAUCAAGAACAGUUGCCGAUAUAUUCUCUUCUGUUCUUAUCGCAGCCGCUGCCUUAUUCGCAAACUCUGUUUCAGCAUCCCACAUGAUCUUGACACUUUUCGUGUUUGUCUGCACUUUCGGCAUUGUUCAUUUGACCGGCUCACACUGUGCAGUAAUUGUUCUCCGUCAUAUCAGCGUCACAAGACCUUAUGGCUUUCAAUCGAUUUGCAGUAUGCGAAAAAUGUUUGUGGUUGUAUUCAUUACCUGGACACUUGCAAUCGUUUACGCCGUCUCAUUUGCCCCAUUCAUUUCAAUUAUUCUGAAUCCUGAAAAAGAAAACCAAGUUUGCCGCCAUCGAUCGUGUCAGCGUCCUCUGAUGAUAACCGCGAUAUUCAUCAUCAGUCUUUCAAUGUUCACAGUUAUCUCGACAUAUUUUACAGUAGUCAUCAAAAUGGCAAAUAUUGCUCAUAGCGAAAAAAUGCACAACGAGCCGGAAAUCACACGAAAACGAAUGUACAAAUUCUUCCGGUUUGGCGGACACUUGGCACUUUUCGCGUUGAUCGUUUCUCUAAUUUUGGCUGGUGCAAUUUACACCAUGAUCAAUGCCAGCGAAUACCAUCAAAUUCAUCGAAUGCUCUCAUUGGAUUGUGAUGUUUUGGAUUAUGUCACUCUAAAAUUGCGCAUGGAGACAGUUGCCGCUGGCGCUGUAAUUCUAUGGUGCGUGAGAAUCAUUUUCGAUGUCGUCAUUGUCUUCUUUUCUGAAAUUCGACUUGUACCAUGGCUGAAACUCGAUAGCGGACAUUACAUGGAAAGCAGCCAGAUUGUCUCAGUUCGACACGGAUUGGGUUGGCAGAAAGGAUGUGUGAAUUGUCCAGUUUUCAACGUUGAAAAUCGUCUUCAUCCUUUGGACUUUAAAAAUUAG